CACGUAUUCGUUUGUCGCGCAACCGCUGUCGCCGGCCGGGAGAGAGAAUUCCGUAUUCCGUAGAACAUAUUGCAUAGAUUCGGGACCGCUCCGCUCAGCCACCGCCGCGCCACCGAUCGUCGUUGGUUUGCUGAUCGGCGAUCACCAUUAUUCGUUCAUCGAUCACUGUUCACUGUUCGGUCGACGGUCGUCGCUCACUCGUCUCUUUCCCGUCUCCUGUUUGCCGUAUGCUGCGGUAGCGUAACUAUCUCCUAAAACGAACCGCCGUUUGGUUUUCCGCGUUUUGUCGGUACCGUCAACCUCCCGAUUCGGGUCUUUAUCUCAGCGACCCGCGCCGCCGGUACGACCACAGAUCAUCCCACAAUACUGCGGUUGGAUGACUAAGACUUCGUUACAAACUUGAGCAGCGACGUACGCGGACUUGAAAAUAAAAACAACAACAGCUUAAGACUAUUAUACGUCUACCAUGGCUUCACCGUGUUUAUAUUUCAUGAGAGGAUCAUGUCGAUUUGGCAACCGUUGCUGGAACUCUCACGAUCUGGGAUCCGCCCGUUCUCAAAGUUCUUUGCAAUAUCAAUUAGAUUCCUCUGAUGAUGAACUGAGCUUGCCUGUGGUGAUAUUGAGAGAUUAUACUUCUCCAUCGACUUCUUCACCAAGUAGUAGUGCUUCUAGGCCUAGACAAAGAAAUCAAGUUCCUCCCAAUUCAGCAAAAAAGCCAUCUGAAACUGAUAAAACUGAAAAAACUGAAAAAACUGAUAAAACAGAUAAAACAGAUGAAACGGUAUCACAAGAUAAGUGGAGUUUACAAAAUAAUAAUACUGGAGAGACAAGAGAAGGUACACCUGAUAGUGUCCUAGUAGAAACAGUAAAAAAAUUAAAUGAAGCUGAAAAUUUAGUAAUAUCACUUCGCCAACAGCUACGUAUUAAGAAUGAUGGAGACAAUUUCUCUUGGGUUGAACAUCAAAUAGAACAAUGUAUUGAAAGUGAUCUGCAAUGUAACAUAUGUUACGAAAUGUUUAUCAAGCCAACUGUGCUAAAUUGCACUCAUACAUUUUGUCAAUAUUGCAUAGAGUCAUGGACCCGAAGAGUUAAUCACUGCCCAACAUGUCGAGUUUAUGUUAAAAAUAGAUCAUACUGUCUAACUUUAGAUACCUAUUUGGAUAAAAUAUCUGAUUGUUUACCAGAAGAAGUAAAAGUGAGGCGAGAAUCUUUAAAAAUUGAACGUAACAAUAACAGAACUAAUAGAGUGGAGAUGGAUAGAAAUCGAAGUAAUAAUAGGAGGAGAAGAAAUAAUAGAAACAACCAAUCUAUGCGUUCAGCUUUAGGCGCAUUAUGGGGUGAACGAGAUCGAGAUGGUGCUGAAUGGAAUAUUGCAUUGGAAGAAGCAUUAUUUGAUCCAAUACACCUAGGUGGUCCAACUGAUAGAAGAUACGAAGUAGAAGACUGGGAUGAUUUGUCUGAUAGCACCUUAGAUGACAGUCAUGAGUACAUUUGUUCUUAUUGUGACAAUAUGGGACACUCAGCUUCCAACUGCCCCAUAUCCAUAAUGGAGGAGGCUGAUCAUAUAUGGUAGAGCUAACCACUUUUUUCUACUAUCCCGUUAUUUAUACUUGCGUUGAAGACACAUUUCCCUAAUACACUUUUUGCUGGGACUAUUUAUAUAUAUAUAUAUUAUAUUAUACUUGUAAUGUAAUUGUUUUGAUUAUUAGUAGUAGUUUAUGUCAUAAAUCGGGGUAAACUUGUUUCAUUCAUAUGUCUUCAACUUAUAAUUGUUAAUUGUUCAACUAAGAUAAUCGAUUUAUAGAAUUUAUGUAUAUUUUUUUUUUUCGUUCGUAU